AUGCACUUCUCUAAGCUGAUCCUGGCCAUCCUCCCCGCGCUUGCGCUCGCGAGCGACGAGGGAACCACCACCCAGACCAAGACGGCCACUCUUACCAAGACCUACACUCUGUCUGAGGUCCACACUGUCACCUCGACCUGGACUGGCGAGCCCACGGCCGCUGCCGCCAACAGCACCACCCCGAUCUCCACCCCGGCUUACAGCACCCCCGGCUCUACCGGCUCUACCGGUAUUACCAGCUUCGCCAGCGCUGCUUCCACCGCUGCCGACGCGUCUACGCCCACCACUGUUUCCAAGGAGGGCGCUGGCUCUGCUCUGGAUGCUGGCAAGGUUGUCCUGGCUGGUGUCGCCGGCAUGGUCGUUGUCGCCCUGAUGUAA